CUUUAAGCUCCUUCUGAAAUCUAAAGAAAAACCAAAACCAACUAGUUGUCUCUAGAGCUCUCUCUCUUCCUCCUUUCUCUCUCCUCCCACCCUUGGUUGUCUAUAUUAGCUUUUGAGCUUUUGUUGGUUUUUGGGGUUCGGGAAAAUGGCCAUGGCGGUGGCUCACCACAGAGAGAGCAGCAGUGGGAGCAGUAUAAACAAGCACCUCGAUGCCGGAAAAUAUGUACGUUACACAUCCGAGCAAGUUGAAGCUCUUGAGAGAGUCUACGCCGAGUGCCCGAAGCCGAGCUCUCUGCGCAGGCAACAGUUGAUCCGGGAGUGCUCCAUUUUAUCAAACAUUGAGCCCAGACAGAUCAAGGUCUGGUUCCAGAACCGCAGGUGUAGGGAGAAGCAGAGAAAAGAGUCCUCAAGACUGCAGACUGUAAACAGAAAAUUAUCGGCAAUGAACAAACUGCUGAUGGAGGAAAAUGAUCGAUUGCAGAAACAGGUCUCUCAGCUUGUUUGUGAAAAUGGUUAUAUGCGCCAGCAAUUGCAUAGUGCAUCAGCUGCAACUACUGAUGCAAGCGGCGACUCUGUGGUGACAACUCCUCAGCAUUCUCUCAGAGAUGCUAAUAACCCUGCAGGACUCCUAUCCGUAGCGGAGGAGACAUUGGCAGAGUUCCUAUCCAAGGCUACCGGAACUGCUGUCGAUUGGGUCCAGAUGCCUGGGAUGAAGCCUGGUCCGGAUUCAGUUGGGAUAUUUGCCAUUUCACAAAGUUGCAGUGGAGUGGCAGCAAGAGCCUGCGGCCUCGUAAGUUUAGAGCCUACGAAGAUUGCAGAGAUCCUUAAAGAUCGUCCAUCUUGGUUCCGGGACUGUCGGAGCCUUGAAGUUUUUACAAUGUUUCCUGCUGGAAAUGGAGGAACUAUAGAACUUAUAUAUACACAGACAUAUGCUCCAACUACAUUGGCUCCUGCAAGGGAUUUUUGGACCCUAAGAUACACUGCAACUUUAGACAAUGGCAGUUUUGUGGUGUGUGAAAGAUCUCUUUCCGGUUCUGGCGCUGGCCCAAAUCCUGCUUCUGCUUCACAGUUUGUUAGAGGCGCGAUGCUUCCUAGUGGUUAUCUGAUUCGACCAUGUGAGGGUGGGGGAUCAAUCGUUCAUAUUGUUGACCACCUGAAUCUUGAGGCAUGGAGUGUGCCAGAGGUGCUGAGACCGCUUUAUGAAUCGUCUAAAGUGGUAGCACAGAGAAUGACUAUUGCUGCGUUGCGCUAUAUCAGACAAAUAGCCGAAGAGACAAGCGGUGAAGUGGUGUACAGUUUGGGUAGGCAGCCAGCUGUUCUGCGAACUUUUAGCCAAAGAUUGAUCAGAGGCUUCAAUGAUGCUGUCAAUGGAUUCAAUGAUGAUGGAUGGUCAUUGGUCAACUGUGAUGGUGAUGGUGCUGACGAUGUUAUAAUUGCAGUCAAUUCAACUAAGAAUUUAACUUCUACUUCGAACCAUGCCAAUUCCCUUGCAUUACUUGGAGGUGUUCUCUGUGCAAAGGCUUCCAUGUUACUACAAAAUGUGCCCCCUGCUGUUCUUGUUCGUUUCUUGAGGGAGCACCGUUCAGAGUGGGCAGAUUUCAAUGUUGAUGCCUACUCCGCCACAUCUAUGAAAGCUGGUGCAUAUGCUUAUCCUGGGAUGAGGCCAACAAGGUUUACCGGGGGACAAAUUAUCAUGCCACUUGGCCACACAAUUGAACAAGAAGAGUUGCUUGAAGUUGUUCGACUUGAAGGCCAUUCUCUAACUCAAGAGGAUGCUUUUGCAUCGAGGGACAUUCAUCUCUUGCAGAUAUGUAGUGGAGUUGAUGAGAAUGCUGUCGGAGCCUGCUCUGAGCUUGUUUUUGCUCCAAUUGAUGAGAUGUUUCCAGAUGAUGCGCCAUUGCUUCCCUCUGGUUUCCGUAUUAUCCCACUGGAUUCAAAAACAGGUGAUUCAAAGGAUACUUUGAAUACACAUCGAACAUUAGAUUUGACAUCCAGUCUUGAAGUGGGCUCAACAACGAGCAAUGCAGCUGGAGAGCUUACUACAUUUCACAAUACUCGAUCAGUAUUAACGAUCGCCUUCCAGUUUCCAUUUGAUAAUAGUCUACAAGAGAAUGUCGCAAACAUGGCACGGCAGUAUGUUCGAAGCGUAAUUUCAUCUGUGCAGAGAGUUGCGAUGGCUAUAUCUCCAUCUGGAUUGAGUCCGUCCGUAGGACCAAAACUAUCUCCCGGCUCCCCUGAAGCUCAAACACUGGCUCACUGGAUCUGCCAGAGUUACAGUUAUCAUGUUGGGGGUGAAUUACUGAGACCUGAUUCCUUGGGCGGUGACUCGUUGUUGAAACAUUUAUGGCAUCACCAAGAUGCCAUUUUGUGUUGUUCAUUGAAGUCAAUGCCGGUUUUCAUCUUUGCAAACCAGGCAGGACUUGACAUGCUGGAGACAACAUUAGUUGCCCUUCAGGACAUCUCAUUGGACAAGAUUUUCGAUGAGUCCGGACGCAAGACGUUGUGUGCAGACUUUGCUAAGCUAAUGAACCAGGGGUUUGCAUACUUGCCGGCUGGCAUCUGCAUGUCGACGAUGGGACGCCACGUAUCGUACGAGCAAGCGAUUGCAUGGAAAGUAGUUGCAGCAGAAGAGAACUCUGUCCAUUGUCUUGCCUUCUCCUUCGUAAACUGGUCUUUUGUGUGAACGUUUUAAUUUAUUCCAUCCCUCUCACCUUUCUUCCGCUUGAACAUGCAAAAGAAGCUUGAGAAAAAAGAAAAGCAGAAAUGUGGGAAAGGAAAAGAAGUUUUGUAAUAUAUUUACCCCGGAGGUUUGCAUCAUAUUAAUUUAAUUUAAUUUUUUGCUUUGAA